AUGGUCGAUCUUAGUUCUAUUAUCACUCAGGUAAAGCAGGGAGAGACAAUGCCAACUCCUCCUGCUCCACCACAGGCUGCUCCCACUAUUACUGACACAUCAAAAGUAAAGAAGACGAAGACCGCGUUUGGGGGAUGUUGUGGGUCUAAACCAAAGCAGAAGAAGGAGUCAGUCACCAGGGAAGCACAAUCCAACACUAAAACCACAGAAAACGCCGUUGAAUUACAGAAUGUUAGAACUUUAGCCACCACAAUCGAAGACACCAUGAUGAACGACACUAUUCCUAUCGAGAGUGACCAGAUCCUUGACCGGCAAAUCUCAUUAUCUCCUAAAACAGUUACAUCUGAUGUUAGCAAAUAUGCUGUACCAGAUAAACCUCACACUGCAGCUACCGAUAACCUUGAGUCUAGUAAGAGGUUCUCACGGAAGCGGAGAUCCACUGAUGACCUCACUCCAGCAGCUACAAUUGCAGUCGCCCGGAAAGCGGCUGACAGUUCACCCAACAACCUUGUCUCCUCAACUCCUCAAACAGAUGGAAAGCCAGUCUCAGACGCUUCGCCUUCUGGCGGCCAAGGCUCGAGACUUGGUUCUGAAGCAACGUCUCCUGUUCCAUCCCCGGCAAUGUCACCUGGAAGCGAGGGAGCAGAUAGACUCAGUACUAAGGAGAGCACCCCAAAGCCUCCUCCAAAGAGAAUGUACUUUACCAAAGUAGAGAACUGGGCUCCAGGGCCUGAUGCGUUACUACCGCCGCCAACAGAAGAUCAGUAUAACAAAAAGCUAUUAGUCUUAGACCUAGACGAGACACUAGUUCACAGCUCUUUCAACAAGGUAGACAACGCAGACAUGAUAAUACCUUUGUCCAUAGAGGACCCCGUGAGCAAGGCGACAAUAAGCCACCAGGUUUAUGUGUAUAAGCGGCCCUAUGUCGACGAAUUCCUGGAAACCAUGGCAAAGUAUUAUGAGCUGGCGAUCUUCACCGCUUCUCUCCGAGUAUACUGUGAUGCGGUUAUGGAGAAACUUGACCCCAAUGGGCUCUGUGUGCAUCGCCUCUACCGUGAUUCAUGCAUUCAAUCCAACGGUGUAUUUGUAAAAGAUAUGAGCAUACUCGGGAGACCAAUAGAAUCUGUCAUUAUUCUCGACAACUGUGCAGCCUCUUAUAUGUUUCAGCCGGAAAACGGUAUUUUGGCCGUGGCCUUCUACGAUGACAAAUCGGAUACGUUCCUCAAGGCCAUUGAAGAGACCAUGAUCCAUCUGAGUCGGGUUGAGGAUGUGCGAACGUAUCUUCGAAGCUGUCCAUAA